GCAGAGUUUCUCGUGGACAGCAGAGACAGCACACCGACAGGAUACUGCUAUACUUCUCCAGACACAAGAGUCCUGCUCACUGUGGAGGCUGUGUGAUCAUGUUCUAGGAGGACUACAGCACCCUCCUGUGGCACACAAGGACAUGGUAAUCUCAUUCUGCCAGGCUGUGGUCACUUGUGUGCUCCUUGUGUGGUUUGUCAGGGUGACUGAUGGGAUGCCUGACCCGGCUCACAGGGACCUGCUGCUGCGUCAGGAGGCUUCCAGACAGACGGGAGGCACUGUAACUCUGACAGCAGCCGAGCAGAAGCUGGACUCUUACCUGCGCCGGUUAAAGGAGCAGGAGAUGUCUGCUGCACAGUUUCUCCCUGCUUUGCACUUCUUCAAAGCAAAGCCACUCAUCCAGAAGAGCUCAAUUUUUAAACUCCUGCAGAAGAUGCCCAAAGGUGCAGCCCUUCACGUCCACGGUUCCUCUCUGGUCAGUGUUGAGUGGCUGGUGAAAAAUGUCACCUACAGGCCAAACUGCUACAUCUGCUUUACCUGGGAUAACUCCGUCCGCUUCCUGUUCUCUGACCGCCAGCCUUUUCCACGAUGGGACUGCUUCUAUUGGCAGCUGCUUGAGACCCUGAGGGCCAGAGUAGGAGACCCAACAGGCUUUGAUAACAGUUUAAUGCAGCACCUUACACUAUUCACCGAAGACCCAGACAAUCAGUACCCGAACCAGGAUGUUGUGUGGGAGAAGUUUGAGAAAGCCUUCAUUGCAGCCGCGGGGUUGAUCACGCAUGCUCCUGUGCUAAGGGACUAUUUUUACAGAGGCUUAGAGGAACUUCACAGUGACAACAUCAUGUACGUGGAGCUCAGGAGUGGCCUUUCAAGGACGUAUGACCUUGAUGGAACCAUUCAUGAUAAAGUCUGGACUCUGAAGACAUUCCAGGAAGUUACAAAGAAAUUCAUAGCAGAUCAUCCAGACUUUGUGGGCACCCGGAUUAUAAUUUCUGUCCACAGGGCACUGAGUGUAUCUGAGGUCACAGCAGCUGUCAAAGAAGCCAUUCAGUUACAGAGGGACUUCCCAGAUAUCGUUGCAGGGUUUGACAUAGUGGGCAGGGAGGACGGUGGGAGGACACUUUGGUAUUUCAGGAAGGCACUGUCUCUGCCGGCGGAACUGGGUGCAACACUGUCAUAUUUCUUUCAUGCAGGAGAGACAGAUGAUGAAGGCACGGAUGUGGAUCAAAACGUCCUGGAUGCCCUUCUGUUUAACACCAAACGCAUUGGGCAUGGCUAUGCUUUGGCUCACCACCCACUGGCCAAAGAGCUUUCCAGAAAAGGAAACGUGGCUGUGGAGCUGUGCCCCAUCUCGAACCAGGUGCUGAAGCUGGUGUCAGAUCUAAGAAACCACCCUGCCACUGUGCUGAUGGCUGAGGGCCACCCCAUGGUGAUCAGCUCUGAUGAUCCAUCUCUGUUUGGGACCACAGGCCUCUCAUAUGACUUCUAUCAAGCCUUUGUGGGCAUUGGUGGGCUAAAAGCAAACCUGGGAACUCUAAAAGAACUGGCUGGCAACUCUAUUAAGUACAGCUCGCUGCCAGAGGAUCUGAAGAACAGAGCUUACAUCAUGUGGCAGAAGAAAUGGGACUCCUUUAUUUCCAAUAAUAGAUGAUAAAUGAGCUGUAGCAGAUCCUGUUUGACUUGAAUGAUGUCAUGUUGCUUAACUAAAUCAAAUAUGCAUUUGUUUUAUUUGAACAGGUAAUGUUAAAUGUGUACAAUGAAAACUCCCCUUGACAUCCUGAUGGAGGAUAUCCUGGUGUCUCACAAAAAAUGGUGGCUAAUGUUUUUUCUGCCUUUACUUUUAUUUUUUGUGGCACAAGUAAAGUCAAAAGAACAAAUAGCGCUUAAAUGAAAUGCUGUAGUAAAACUAACAAACCCCAUGAUGCUCGAGCAUGAUUUUUUAAAUGUACAAGUAUACAUUGAAGUAACCUAUGAUGGAAUCUGAAAAUGUCACAAUAACGUUAAAAAAAAUGAAGUUGCUGAUAAAAAACAAUAUUUGUAAGCAUUUCAAUGUCCUCUAGAAAGGGUUUAGUACAACAGUCUCUGUUGUGAAAAAAAGCAUGAAAAAAAACCCAUAAAAAAUAUUUGCACAACAUAAGUUUGGAUUCCGAACAAAGGAA